CGUUCAAUUACGGGCGCAUUGUGGCACACUUGGCUUUCCAUACCAGGGGGCUUACUUGACCGUGUUUUCCGAAAUGUAACCUGAGUUGACCGCAGUGAAAUCUCUGGGCUGACCUGAUAACCGGCGUCUAAGGUAUCGCGUUUGACAGGGUUAGUUAAGCCAGAUAACAAAGUGAUAUCCUGGGUAUGUGGAAGCGUUUUCUUUAGGAGGUCAAGAUCGGAACUUUAACAAACGUUCUUAAGUUGCUCCUGCAAGGCACACUGCUUCCUCAUAAGACACCAUUUUGACCGUGUUCACGUUCAACACACACCAAGACACGAUGAAUUUGGGGGAAUAUUUCAAAAGAAUUGGUCUUCAAGGCUCUUUUGAAAAACCGGAUCUUGAAACACUGAAGAUGAUCCACAAACAGCAUGUCAUGUCCGUUCCUUUUGAAAACCUCAGCAUGCAUUGUGGAGAGAGGCACAUCCUGGACCUGGACUUCACAUUCAACAAGAUAGUGAGGAACGGCCGGGGGGGUUGGUGCCUAGAGAACAACUCCCUGUUUGGCUGGGUGCUGAGAGAAAUGGGUUACGACACUACCAGGUUGUCCUCAAGAGUUUUCAACAGUCACACAAAGGAAUUUUCCGACAUCGAUAGUCAUCUCAUCCACAAGGUCGUCGUCGAUGGAAAGGCUUAUAUAGCAGAUGUGGCCUUUGGGGUGUCUUUCCAGAUGUGGGAGCCCAUGGAGCUCGUCUCUGGAAAAGAUCAACAUCAGGCUGCGGGUGUCUUUCGCUUCAUAGAGAAGGGAGACAUGUGGGUACUUGAGAAGAUGAGCCGAAAGACGAAGGUUCCAAAUCCAGACUUUGCUGAAUCUAUUCUUGUUAAAAGGGAGGAAGCAAAGAUGAUGUACUACUUUACAUUGGAGCCUCGAGAGGUUGAGCAUUUCUACGAAGCAAACAAUAGACUUCAGACCGAUCCUAAUUCUCUGUUCAUGAAUAAAUCCAUCUGCUCUCUGCAAACACCAACAGGAUUCAGAGCGCUUCUGGGCUGGACCUACAGCGAGGUCACAUUCAAACCCGAGGAAGGUGUCGAUGUCUUCGACUUGAGAAACAUAAAAGAUGAGGAGAAAGAGCAGGUUCUUCUGGAGAAGUUCAAUAUAAAGCUGCAGAACAAACUGCAGAUUGUAAGCAACAAAUCAUGGUACACACUCUGAAAUCCUGCAUUACAAUAAUUGCAACUAGAAGAUUCAGAAACAUUUUGACUGUGUGACCCCCGCUGAGUAAGUAUUAAUAGCAUUAGUUGUAUUGUUAAGGUACAACAAAGAAUAUCCAAAAAUAAAAACAUAUACCAUGUAGUUCUGUUAAAAUCUGAAUAAACUUUAAUCCACUUUACCUUAUAACUUAAAUACAUCAAAACUAAACAACCAUUCCAGUUUUCCCGAUCUGUAGCUUUUUUUUUUGUCAUUUCAUCAACUCUGUUAAAUCCUCCAAAUUUGUAUACUACAGAAGAAAAGAACACGAGAGGCAAGGUAUGCUCCUGACAUACAUUUAGGCGUGUGAUGAAAGCGGAAUAUACGAGCAGAAAAGAACCCUGUCUACCCCAGCUGGGUUUAAACUUAGUAGCAGCAGGAGUCAAUGAUUUCAUUGGAGUUAUGAAAGUUAGCCGCCUCUCCCCCUGGAUAAUCCUGAGGAGAGAGCUGUGUUGCUAUGGCAUGUUAGAACCAUUAUUUGAGCUCACUUCUAGCUGACUGUUUCAACCUUUUACCCAUUACAUUUUAGCUCACCAUUUUAACUGUCUUUCUAUUAUUUUUGGAACCUUGUAUCACAUUCCUGCAUCGUUUCUAAACAUCUUUAGAUUAUUACUGGAUUUAGUUAAUGAACGACAGGUGUGUUCAAAGAUCAAAGCGUUUCCAUGGCACGGAGACAGCUUUUCAGACAAUGUAUUGACAAUAUUGUGCUGCAUUAUUGCUUCUAAGUAAAAACUGUAACUCCAAUCAGCUAAAUAUCUUACCCAGAGUGUUUAGGAUACCCUCCUAAAAUGUGUAUAUCUCGGCUUUUAGAGUAGGAAACAAUGCACUUAGUCUUACCUGUUGCACUAUAUCGUAAUGCUUAAAUGUUCUCUGUAAAGCACUUUGAAUCAAGACGUGCAGUGAUGACGUAUUUUUGUAGAAUAUUGUUGAAAAUAAGAUCUGUGGCAAACUUUAACUCGUUUAUGUGGACUCUGUACCCAUUUAUACCUUGUUGAGGUAAGUGUGUAACACAUUACAUCAGGAAAGACUGAGAUUUUAUAACGAUGCGUGUAGUUGAUGAGAUCUGGGACCCUGCACUUCUCUUUUUGCGGCUGCUUUUUAUGUAAUCAAAUAACUAUUCAUUUUUAUUCUGCAUCAUAACUUUUAUUCUUGUAUGUCUUUUUCUUCUAUUUUAGAUUUUAGUAUGUACUGUUUCUACUCUUUGAAGUAAAAGUGCUUUAUAUUUCAUAUAAAUAUGACUGUGGUUGCUGUUAUUGGGAUGUGCUCUGUCUAUUGUUGAUUGUUUGCUUGUAUACCAGCUAUGCUCUUACAAAUAAUAUAAACAUUUUACAACACAA